AUGGAUUUGGGCUCAGACGGAAGAGAGGCUUUUGGUUUUGACGAGGUGCCGGAUUCAAGGUACAGGAGCAGGCAUACCGGGCGGCAGGUUGUGCAAAGGCAGGGGACUGACGCUCGGUCACAGGCGCACAAUAGGUCUGAGAACAUACGAAUGGGGGCUCAGCACUCAUCUCGAUUUUCAGGGGAGAAGAGGAAAGCAGGCGUCACUGGUGAGCUUCCGCUAGAAUUGAGACGAGCGUUGAUAUGGGAGGGAGAUGCUGAUCCUAUUCAACCUGCGCAUGUGGCAUCUACGGCUCCUUGUAGAUCCCGUGAGCGCCGAGAGUUACAUUCCUCCGCGCAGGGCUCUAUGGAUAAACAGCAAGAAGAUGAGUCUUUGCAAGACAUUGCCCGUUUAUCAGAUGCAGAUUGCCUGCCAUCACCCUCUCGCUGCUAUGCGCAGUCAGGUCCCAACGCGUAUCUCGUCGCAGGGCAAGCGCGGCCAAAACCUGUGGCAGUGGGUCCCGCGCACGGCAACGAACGCAGACAUCGCUCUCCCGACCAGCGUCGCACACAGGCACGUCAAAGUGCAGUUAUUGCAACAGGACACGGGGCCACUGUCCAGACAGACGCUCUACAACGAGAAGGGGGGGAUGAUGAACAAUGCGAUUCGAGAAACGAGGAAUUGAGUCGUCUGGAUCGUGACGAGGGCGCUAUACGCAAAACUCAAACGUAUGCUGACGCAGUGAAAAUGGCAAAAGAGGCUGCCGCCUCAGCAGCCAAAGCUGUGCUAGACUCUUUUCUUUCUGCGGGAAUGAUUGACAAAAGUACUGGUGCAAAUCGUAACCGCGUUCAACAAAAUUGCGAUCGGAUCGGACACUCAGUUGCCGAGGCAGGUGGAUUCGUCGCUGCGAGGAUCACAGAAGAAACGCCUGCAGUUGGGAGCAGUCAAAGGAAUAUAGCUUCUAAACAGUAUUCGAUGCCACUGACGUGUAGAAACCCGCGCGAUUUGUCGAAGCGUGCACUGGAUGGAACACAAUCGCCAUUGACGAAAAGAUGCCGAUACCCGCCUGCGUCCGCUUCCAAGAGCUCCAAGCAAAUUUCUUCACUCCCACCCGAAGGCGAAGGAGUGAACCCGGAAUCUCUGGAGAAAGAUCUUCUUGGGAAAAAAAGAGAAAGCGAGAGGAGGUAUGCUGAGUGCACUGUCCAGCAACUUUGGCAGCAGCUGGAGCGCUCACGUGUCAGUCAGAAGGCAGUCCGUGAAUCACUCAAGAAUAUCCGAACGUUGGUACAUAUUUUUCUACAUCAGGUCGUCGGUGUGCUUCGAAAGGAUGACUACGAUGAACCGGUUGAGAACUACCUCCGCGACUAUCUCAAAGUAAUGGGAAAGUUACCGAUGCAGCUGCAUAAAUGA